CCAGAAUGGGACAACAAGAGAAGCUCAAGAGGAUCUCAGUCGUUGGGCACCAGUGUGGUGGUGGAUAUAGCUGUGAUGGGCGAGGCCCACGGCCUGAUCUCAGACCUGCUGGCGGACCCCUCGCUGCCCCCCAACACCUGCACCUCCCUCCGUGCCGUCAGCAGCCUGCUCACCACUCAGCUCAACUUCCAGCCCCUGCACCGUCCACGCCUCGCUCCCCUGGGCGUCAACCUGGGAGACGCCUACAUCUGCUCCGACUCAGAGGAGGGGUCUGAGAAGACAGGGGAGAGGACCAAUACCUUACCUAAGCGUCUGCGGCGUAGCCUGCACCCGGGGCUGUUGAGAAGGAUCUCCUCUACAUGGACCACCACCACCUCAGCUACGGGCCUGCCCACCAUCGAGCCCGGACCAGUACGCAGGGCCAGCAUCAGCAUCAAACCCUUCCACGAGCCGCUCGCCUGCAGCUGUGGGAGACCGUACAUAAAGCUGAGCCACGGGGAGGGAUCCAUGGACAAAGGGGACAGGACACACCGGACAGAGGAUCAGGUGGUGGCAUCGUCAGACUACGACAAUACCCACGAGGCCAACCACAGCGACAGCAGCGACGUAGCGCCGACAGAGGAGGGGGACGCAGAAGGGGGCAAAAACACACCCCAAAACCUCAUCAUGCUACCUGCAGAGGAAAAGCCCCAGCUGGCCCCGGAGCCGUUAGUGAUGGAGGACUUGGAGCCCCUAAUGAGUCAGCUGAACCACUGGAACUUCCCCAUCUUCAGCUUGAUGGAGAAGACCCAGGGAAAAUGUGGCCGCAUCCUCAGCCAGGUCUCUCACAGGCUUUUUGAAGACACAGGCCUAUUUGAGACCUUCAAGAUCCCGGUUCACGAAUUCAUGAACUACUUCCAUGCUCUGGAGAAUGGCUACAGAGACAUACCAUAUCACAACAGAAUCCACGCUACAGACGUUCUCCAUGCUGUCUGGUACCUCACUACCCAGGCCGUACCAGGUCUGCCCAGCCUCAUCACUGACCAUUGCUCUGCCAGCGACUCAGACUCUGACAGUGGCAUCACACACAGUCACAUGGGCUACCUGGUGUCGAAGACCUACAGCGUGUCGGAGGAUGGGUAUGGUUGCCUGUCGGGGCUCAUCCCAGCCCUGGAGCUCAUGGCUCUCUACGUAGCAGCAGCCAUGCAUGACUAUGACCACCCUGGGAGGACUAACGCCUUCCUGGUGGCCACAAGUGCACCACAGGCAGUGUUGUAUAACGACAGGUCGGUGCUCGAGAACCACCACGCCGCCUCGGCCUGGAAUCUGUUCAUGUCCCGUCCAGAGUAUAACUUCCUGGUUAACCUGGACCACGUGGAGUUCAAACGCUUCCGCUUCCUGGUCAUAGAGGCCAUCCUCGCCACUGACCUCAAGAAACACUUUGACUUCCUGGCAGAGUUCAAUGCCAAGGUAGGUGAUGACGUGACGAGGGGUAUUGAUUGGUCCAAUGAGAACGACAGACUGCUGGUGUGUCAGAUGUGCAUCAAGCUAGCUGACAUCAAUGGCCCACUGAAACACAAGGACCUGCACCUACAGUGGACCAAGGGCAUCGUUGAUGAGUUCUAUGAACAGGGUGACGAGGAGUCCAGCCAGGGCCUUCCCAUCAGCCCCUUUAUGGACCGCUCUGCUCCUCAGCUGGCUAAGCUCCAGGAGUCCUUCAUCACCCACAUCGUAGGACCGCUCUGUAACUCAUACGACUCCGCAGCACUCAUGCCCGGACGUUGGGUGGAGCCUAACCCCGAGGAGGAGGAGGAGCACGAGGAAGAUGAAGAGGAGGAUACGACAGAGGAUGACGAUGGGUCUACUAGCUCAGAGGCAUCGCAGAAAGGCAAAGCAGCUCCCAAGAAGAGGAGGAAAGUGUUCUGUCAGAUCACCCAGCACCUGAUGGACAACCACGAGAUGUGGAAGAAGGUGAUCGCAGAGGAAACCCCCAAGCAAAACAAUGUAGCUGAGCCAAUCCUAUCCAUCCACGAGGAGGAGGAGGAGCCAGGGAGCAGGGAGGAUGUAGUGGAGGGGGAGGAGCCAGAAGAGGAAGGGGAGGUGCCAGAGGAGGAAAUAGAUGAGGAGUGGCCAGCACCCCCGAAGGACGAGUCUGAACCUGUAGAAGAGGCGGGGCCAGAGUGAGGGCCCCAAAGGCUCAUGGCGAGUGCUAUUUGGGAUCCUUGGGAUAUUGCUACCCUAAACCCUAACCCCUAACCCUAAACUUAACCAUAACCCUUACCUAACCUUAACCCGUUACCUAAACCAUUUUAAAUGUAAACUUAAAUGGGGUAGGGAUGUCCCAAGGAUCCCAGAUAGCAAGGACCAAAGGCUCAUGGGAAUGAAACAAGGCAGCCGUUAGCCCGAGCCAGAACAUGAAAUUACUUUUUCUAUCCUAUUGACAAACUGAGUGAUUUUAUUAUUUUUUUUGCCAGCACAUUCACUUAGACACAACACUGUAGAAGUUUGGGACAUAGUGCCUAAUGAAAAUGUAACACAGAGUGGGAGAUAUUUACUUGUGUUUUACACAUUUUAUAUAUAAAAACAAAGAAUACAAGUCAGGUUCAGAAACAUCGGUCAAUCGUCCUCUUGAGGAACUAUUACAAUAACCUACAGGAUCAUAUACUGGAUGUAACAAACUGGUAUAAGAGGUCACGAAGUACACAGACUCUUUUUGCUACCGUCAAGAGUGGAUUGAGACUUGGUCAUGAAGACCUCAAACCCAUUGUGUAAACAACGGACUGCAGAGACUGCCGCCAAUUUAUAUAUAAGAAAUAUUUUCUGAACGCAAUUAUACUUAAACAUCACAUGCACCUGUACUCAUGUGUUUUGUUUCGGGGGGGAUUUUAAGUAUUUUCUCUGGGUCUGAUAAGUCUCAGUAAUAUGGUUCUAUUUUUACUAUGUGGAUUGAGAAGGGAAAAAAUAGACCGAACAGCUUCAUACAAAUCUACAUUUUCCAUUUUUAUUAAUGUUCUUUAAUUGAUUUCACAUUGCAUCUCACACCUAUAAUCUGUAAGCACACGACAGCAAGCAUGCCCUCUAGGCAUCUUUUGGUUUUUACUGACAAACUGAAACGGUCGGUAUAGCCCACCCUUUUAAUUAAGGCCCCUCGAUGAUCUAUGACAUCGGCAGAACCAUCAGCCGGUAACUUUUCCUCGUGUCAUGGUACUCCAGUCGUGUCAUGGUACUCCAGUUGUGUCAUGGUACUCCAGUUGUGUCAUGGUACUCCAGUUGUGUCAUGGUACUCCAGUCGUGUCAUGGUACUCCAGUUGUGUCAUGGUACUCCAGUUGUGUCAUGGUACUCCAGUCGUGUCAUUGUACUCCCGUUGUGUCAUGGUACUCCAGUUGUGUCAUGGUACUCCAGUUGUGUCAUGGUACUCCAGGGAAGCAGAACAUAUCUGACUUCAGCCUAGGGUCUUUUUUGACCCAUGGCUUGGUUCAGAGGACGUUGGAACACACUAAAAGGUCAGGAGAGGAGUCAUAAAAAUGCAUGCUAGUACUGUAGGUCUUGUGAGUGUUUCUCGAAUACAGUUUAAAAAAACAGGCUAGUGUGCCUGCUAAGAUAAUGAGGUCCUAUGACUUUAAGGCAUAGUUUCUCAACCUAACUCAAAUACAGGAUUCUUCCUCUACUACCAGAUAAACUGAUUACAUAGAUCACCAGGAGACAAAAUACUGUUUUUUACUACUUAUUGACUAUUGAU